AUGGUCAUGAAAUCGAUCCACGGUGCUGCACACUUUUGCGGCUUUAUUACAGAGCUGUCGCCACUGGCGAUGGAUUACCUGCGCUACCUAGCAGAUACGGCUUUCCUCAAAAUGGUUUAUGGCUGCGAAUACGUUCUAAGGAGUUACACCAAGAAAUACCUCCGUACGGUGAGGGAUGUUGCUCAGUUGAUGUCUCAAAUCGCGAUCGACGCAACCCAUGCGGCGAAGGUAUAUGGUGAUAGUAUUCUGGAAAAGGUGGAUCGCAUCGAGCAGAGCUUGCAGGAACACAGCGCAUUAUAUCCACAGGGACUGGAGCCCUCCACCGAGAGUCAUGUCCAAAGCGACCCUAGCUCAUCUAGUACUGCACAGUAUGAUCUGAUGAAGGCCUUUUACGUCUAA